CCCUCCGGUGGAGGUGGGGGAAGGGGGAGUCGUUCUGUUUAACCCUGAGUUCCCCGAACCCACUCUAAUUUGCUAAAUUGGCAGUUUGCUAAUUCCUUCUUUCACUUUCCUUCCUCUGGCUCACUUCCUUCCCUUAUACCCAAGUGUGGUUUAUAUGCAAUGCAAAUUGGAGCGAGCCCUAACCCUAACCCUAACCUCUUACUGCUCCCCACUUUUUUCAUCCUUUUACACUGCUUUCCAGUGAACUCUGCAAAUUUUGCAAUAAGGAGAGGGAUUUUUUAAAUUGCAUUUGCAAAGUUAGGUAUCUGGGCAGACGGGGGGGUAGGGAGGGAGCAGGCCCCGCCCCUACCGCCCUUUGCAAAUAAAAAUCUAGAAGGGGGGGAGGAGCAGGAAGUGGCGGUGCGAGGGCUGCUGCACAGCUAGCAGAGCCGCGGUCCGGACGGCAGCGCGUGCCCCGAGCUCUCCGCCUCCCCCCGCCCGCCAGCCAGAGGCAGCCCGAGCCCAGCCCGCGGCCCCAGCAGCAGCGCCGAGAGCAGCCCCAGUAGCAGCGCCAUGGCCGGGUGGAACGCCUACAUCGACAACCUCAUGGCGGACGGGACCUGUCAGGACGCGGCCAUCGUGGGGUAUAAGGACUCGCCCACCGUCUGGGCCGCCGUCCCCGGGAAAACCUUCGUCAACAUCACGCCAGCUGAGGUUGGUGUCCUGGUUGGCAAAGACCGGUCAAGUAUUUUAGUGAAUGGGCUGACACUUGGGGGCCAGAAAUGUUCUGUGAUCCGGGACUCACUGCUGCAGGAUGGGGAAUUUACCAUGGAUCUUCGUACCAAGAGCACCGGGGGAGCCCCUACCUUCAACGUCACUAUCACCAUGACUGCCAAGACGCUAGUCCUGCUGAUGGGCAAAGAAGGUGUCCACGGUGGUAUGAUCAACAAGAAAUGUUAUGAAAUGGCCUCCCACCUGCGGCGUGCCCAGUACUGACCUCGUCUUUCCCAUCCCCCCACCACUCCCCACUGCUUUUGCACCCCUCUCCUUCCCACACACACACAUACCAUUUUUAUUUUUUUGGGCCAUUACCCGACACCCCUUAUUGCUGCCAAAACCACAUGGGCUAGGGGCAGGGCUGGAUGGACAGGCACCUUCCCCUACCCAUACCCCUCCUGUGUGUGGUUGGAAAAAAAAAUAUUUUUUUUGUUUUGUUUUUUCUGAAUAAAAAAGAUUCUACUAACAA